UUAUGUGGUGAUUCAAUAGAGGAAGAAGCAAAAUUAGCCGUAAUAAGAUCCACCACUCAAUUUAUCAGUUAUCUCACCUCAUCAGCGAAUAAGAUUGCGAAAAAUAAAAACCAUAAAAAUAUACAACCUGAUGACGUAUUUAGAGCCAUAGAAGAAUGUGAAUUUGAUGAGUUUUUACCAAAGUUAAAAGAUGAAUUAAAUGCAUACGUGGAAAUCAAAAGGUCUGCCAAAGCAAAACAGAAUGAAGAGGAAAACGUUACUGGUGGACCACCUUCAUCAUCUAUAGUAACGGAUUUACCCUCUGAUAGCGGAUUGCAAAACUUGUUAAAUAAAAUAAUGGUGAAAGUUACUUCAAAAACCAUAAUUCAACCAUUAGUAGCAUUUUCAAUGGCAAUAAUACUUGGCAUAUAUGUUAGACAUGCAAUUAAUGAUUCUAAAAGAGGAACACGUAUGAGACAAGAGAGAAAAGAGAGAAGCAAACUGGUAUCAGAGAAACAAAGGGAACUAAAAUUGAACGAAGAAAAAUAA